AUCCUUGCUGGGGCCGUGAAACACUGGCUAUAUCAUCUGUGCGGCAGUUACGACAUGUUGCACGUUGCUAGUUAGUUGCAGUGUUGUAGCUAUUAGCACGAUAGCCAUUCCUUCGCUGGGAGGUCGGCCUUCUGUUUAGUUUAACACAUUUUCUUAGUUCAUUCUCACUCAUUUAUAAGACAACCUGCAACCGACUUUUGGUCAACAGAAAUUACUCAACAUAAUACUAGCUAGCUUGUUUUCUCUUUCUUAGGCCGCUAGCUUACGCAGCUAACUAGUUAGCUAGCUGGCUAGCUAGCUAGCUGCUAGUGUUCAAUCGUCUACUCCCUUAGGUUUACGUCUCUCCCGGCUGGAGGACCAUGGCGAUGAGACAGACUCCGCUCACCUGCUCCGGUCACACCCGGCCUGUAGUAGACCUGGCUUUCAGUGGAAUCACACCCUAUACGAAUGUAACACUUGUAUCAUCCCUGCUUUUGUUGUCAGAUGGCAAACCCAUGUUGCGCCAGGGAGACACAGGGGACUGGAUUGGAACGUUUCUGGGUCACAAAGGUGCUGUCUGGGGAGCCACUCUGAACACAGAUGCCACCAAAGCAGCCACUGCAGCUGCUGACUUCACAGCGAAGGUGUGGGAUGCAGUGAGUGGAGAUGAAGUCCUCACACUGGCACACAAACACAUUGUUAAGACUGUCAAUUUCACUCAGGACAGCAACUGUCUGCUGACUGGAGGAAAUGAUAAGCUGCUGCGCAUCUAUGAUCUAAGCUGUCCUGAAGCAGCACCGCAAGAGAUUGCAGGUCACUCCUCAGCCAUAAAGAAAGCUUUGUGGUGUAAUGAUGACAAGCAGAUCCUCUCUGCUGCUGAGGACAAAACCAUACGGCUUUGGGACAGGAGCUCCAUGGAGGAGGUAAAGAUGCUGACAUUCGACACAUCUGUAAGCAGCAUGGAGUACAUGGCUGAUGGAGAGAUUCUUGCGAUCACAUAUGGAAAGACCAUCGCUUUCUAUAAUGCUCUGAGCCUGGAUUUGAUCAAGACUGUGGAGGCACCAGCUCCCAUUAACUCAGCCUCCCUCCACCCAGAGAAGGACUUCUUUGUUGCCGGUGGAGAUGACUUCAAGCUGUAUAAAUUUGACUACACCACUAAGGAAGAGCUGGAGUCCUAUAAGGGUCACUUUGGUCCAGUGCACUGUGUUCGCUUCAGCCCGGACGGUGAGCUGUAUGCCAGUGGCUCUGAAGACGGCACACUCCGACUGUGGCAGACGGCCGUGGGGAAGACCUACGGCCUGUGGAAGUGUGUCCUUCCUGAGGACCUGGGGGCAGAGAACUCUGAACAGCUGUACACCUCGCCCACUGAGAUCAAAGCUUGAGAAGACACUUGUUUAAAAAGGGAUGAGAAGAGAAAAGAGGUACCGAAAGGAGAUGAGAGGAGGGGUGUUGAAUUGUUUCCUAUCAAGCACCAGCAAGGAGCGGAGUCCAGAGCAUCUCCAUCCAUCAGGAACUGAUGUGGGUAUAACUGCCCUGUCUCCUGUCUGUCAUAGACCAGCCAUCUCUGACACACAGAUUUUUUUUUUUUUACGUAGCCAUAGGGACAGUACUAUGGGCUGGAGAGUAAAGCAGUAGAGCUGUGAGUAUCUGUGGCUUAUCGCUGCCUGCUUUCUCUCUGGUCAGCCCAGUUUCUGUCUGCUGUUGCCCCCCUUCCCCCAUGAGCUGA